AUGACUCAACGAUUUGGUCCCUAUCAAGUUGGAGAGACAGUUGGACGUGGUACGUUUGGUAAAGUGAAACUAGCCGUUCAUGAGGCGACACGUUCAAAAGUGGCAUUGAAAGUUAUUCCUAGAAAAGUUAUGGAACAGGAUGCACGAUCGAAUAUUAAAAUUACACGAGAGAUAAGAAUUCUAAAAGUACUUCGUCACCCGAAUAUUAUGUGUCUUUAUGAUGUUGUACAGACCAAACAUGAUAUUGUGCUUGUACUAGAGUACGUUUCCGGAGGUGAACUCUUUGAUUAUAUUUGCAGUAAAGGACGAUUAGAUGAAAGUGUUGCCCGACAUCUUUUUCAGCAGGUUGUAGCUGGAGUGGCGUAUUGUCAUAGAUACCGUGUGGCUCAUCGUGAUCUUAAACCGGAGAAUAUCAUGAUGGAACAGGGUUCAUCCACUAUAAAGAUUGGCGACUUUGGUUUAGCCUCCAUCACACAUGAUGGUUGUUUCUUUGAGACCAGCUGCGGAACUCCCAAUUACGCCUCUCCAGAGAUCGUGAGCGGUAAACUUUACGCCGGACCAGAGGCGGAUGUGUGGAGUUGCGGUGUGGUUCUCUACACUAUGGUGGCCGGGGCGCUUCCAUUUGAUGACACAAAUGUUGGAACUCUCUUUAAGAAGAUUCAAACAGCAAAUUACGUUAUACCGAGUGGUCUCUCAGAUGAGGUGCGAGAUCUCCUACAGCGUAUGAUCGUUGUAAACCCAUUGGAACGGGCAACGAUGGAGCAAGUGAUGCAGCAUCCAUGGCUGCGACCGGCAUUUCCUCCAUAUUUACUCACUUUACACUAUGAAGCUAUUCUUGAUACGAUGCGAUUUGGUAAAUCAAUAGAGUUUGAUGAUGAUAUGCUGGAUGAUGAGGUAAUUGCAUCUGUUGCUAAAUGUUACAGGCAUUCCUUUCAAGAAACAGCUUCUAUAGUAGCAGAACAUGAAAAGACCAAAUCUUUACUAUUUGAUCCUGAAGUAUGUGAUGGAACGUUGGGAAGGAGACACUAUCCAGGAGGAAAAUUUUUUACUAAAUAUGCAAAUGUAGUAGAUGCAAAGUUAUGGCCAGCACCACUAGUUAUCCCUGCUGCAGAUCAAGCACUUCGUGAAGAAGAACAUGAUGUAUAUGUAGCCUAUCUUAUCUUGCUUCGUCGUAAACAAAGUCUUUUACCUCCCGAGCAUUUAUCUCAUAUGGAUGCCCGCUCUGAAGCUACUGGUUCUUUUAUUUUAACUUUAUCAAUGAGUCAGGGAUACGGUUCUGUUAAUGCCAAUUCAUUACAGCAAAUAUCUAUGGGACUGGCUUCCAGUUCUAGAACUCAACCGCCUCCUCAAAAAAAUCCUCAUGAAUGUAUAAGAGCACAAAAGGAUGGAGAUAUUACAUUUUGUGGUUCACUACCUGUUCAUGUACAAGCAGAAUCAAAGGAAACAGAAUCUAAUAUAGAUACAUACAUGGAAGGGUAUAAUAGAUUAGCAGAAGCAUUUCUCCCACUCUAUCGAUCUCAAUCCAAACAUACACUAUUAGGAAGGUUUUUGGGAGUUAUUGAACGUCCAAUUUCAGUAUUAAUGAAUCAAAUUCCUUCACAGUCACCAUCUAGAUUAACAAAGAGUGGUGGAAGUGGUAGUAAUAUUGGUGGUGGUCGAGCGGGUGGUGGAAAUCUUUUGCAACCGCUUCUUAAACCCUUAACAGAUGAUGGAGAUAUGACUUGUGGAUCAGUUGGUGGUGAGAGUUCAUUACUCACUGCGGCUUCUAAAGGGGAAAGAAUAAGAAUAAGAGGAGGAGGAGGAGGAGGUGGUGGUGGUGGUGGUGGUGGUGGUGGACAGGGUAAGAAAUCUACCACCUUACGUGGGAAAACUAUUCCAUUCUCAACUCCUAAAACACCAGAUGUACUUCAUUGUGAUAUAGUGGCCCGUUUUGGAAAUGAUUUUAUCCGUAAUGGUGUUUUGUUUUCCUCAAGUGAUCCUGCUACCACAUUGCGUUAUGUAUAUAAUGCGAUGAAAGAAGAAGGUCUGUUGUGGAAAAGUAUUCAUCCGUACUAUUUUUCAGCGGUGAUGUAUCCAUGUGUAAAGCUACAGGUAAAGAUAUACAAAGUUAAGGAAGAAGAGCAAUUGGUGGAUGUAAAGGUAUCCUGUCAGAGUGGCAUGCAUGGAUUUGAUGUGGCAUCUAAAUUAUUAGAGCGGCUUCGAAAUAAAGCUAUUGCACACAACAACAAAAAGCUUAAAAAGAGCCUACUCAUUGGUGAAUCUAGUAUCACAUCAAAUCUCGGUACUGCCCCAACCAAUCUAUCACUAAGUGAUAACAGAGUAGCCAACACAGACAAGGGAGCAUCGCGGACAUUCCCCACUGGCACAAAGUAA